CGCAAGCGCACAGGAAUCCGGCCCGGGCUGAGCGCGCGGCCGGAAGGUUGCGGGUGACUAGCAUGCAGGUACCCGUUCUCUGACUUGCUGCCCCUCUUGUGACAUGGCCCACCGCGGUGCGGAGAGGGACUUCCAGACGUCAGCGCGGCGCAUGGGCACCUCGCUGCUCUUCCAGCUUUCGGUGCAUGAGCGGGAGCUGGACCUGGUGUUUCUGGAUCAUAGCUAUGCCAAGCCGUGGAGUGCCCACCCAGACGCCAGUAGCGCCCGCCCCACCCGCAUGCUCUUUGUUACUCCCCGGAGGCAGCACGAAAGUACCAUCGAGUCAGACGUCCCAAUAGAUGUGGAGACAGUCACGUCAACCCCUGUGCCACUUUAUGACAAUCAGAAGGCACGCAGCGUGAUGAACGAGUGCGAGCGGCACGUCAUCUUCGCCAGGACGGAUGCGGAUGCGCCUCCGCCUCCAGAGGACUGGGAGGAGCAUGUCAACAGGACUGGCUGGACAAUGGCCCAGAACAAGCUAUUCAACAAGAUCCUCAAAGCCCUGCAGUCUGAUCGGCUUGCCCGCUUGGCCAACGAAGGGGCUUGUAACGAGCCAGUGCUGCGCCGUGUUGCUGUGGACAAGUGUGCGAGGAGAGUGCGGCAAGCUCUGGCGAGUGUGAGCUGGGACACCAAGCUGGUCCAGUGGCUGCACACCACCCUGGUGGAGACCUUGAGUCUGCCCAUGCUGGCCGCCUACCUGGAUGCUUUGCAGACACUGAAAGGGAAGAUCCCUACCUUGAUUGACCGGAUGCUCGUGUCGUCCAACACGAAGACCGGGGCUGCUGGAGCUGAGGCCUUGUCCCUCCUACUGAAGAGGCCCUGGGACCCCGCUGUGGGAGUGCUCUCUCAUAACAAACCAAGCAAACUCCCCGGCUCUCCUCUCAUUCUCAUUGCCUCCUCCGGGCCCUCCAGCUCCGUGUUCCCCACCUCGCGCCGCCACCGCUUCUGGCAGUCUCAGCUGUCCUGCUUAGGCAAGGUCAUCCCUGUUGCCACCCAUCUGCUGAACAAUGGUAGUGGAGUAGGAGUUCUGCAGUGUCUGGAGCACAUGAUUGGGGCAGUGCGAAGCAAAGUGCUGGAGAUUCACAGCCAUUUCCCCCACAAACCCAUUAUCUUGAUUGGCUGGAAUACAGGAGCCUUGGUGGCCUGUCAUGUGUCAGUGAUGGAAUACGUCACUGCAGUUGUCUGCCUUGGGUUUCCUCUGCUUACCGUGGAUGGCCCCAGAGGGGAUGUGGAUGAUCCCCUCUUGGAUAUGAAGACUCCAGUCCUCUUUGUCAUUGGUCAGAAUUCCCUGCAGUGUCACCCUGAAGCCAUGGAGGACUUCCGGGAGAAGAUUCGGGCUGAGAACAGCUUGGUGGUGGUUGGGGGAGCUGAUGAUAAUCUCAGAAUAAGCAAAGCAAAGAAGAAAUCGGAAGGGUUGACUCAGAGCAUGGUGGACAGAUGUAUUCAGGAUGAGAUUGUGGACUUCCUGACUGGAGUGCUCACUCGCGCGGAGGGGCACGUGGGCUCUGAGCCUCGGGAUCAGGAUGCUGAGAAGAAGAAGAAGCCCCGGGACGUGGCCCGCAGAGACCUGGCCUUUGAGGUCUCUGAGCGGGGCAGUCGACCUGCGUCACCAGCUGCCAAGCUACCUGCCUCACCCUCAGGCUCGGAGGAUCUCUCCAGUGUGUCCAGCAGCCCCACCUCCAGUCCCAAGACCAAGGUGACCACAGUGGCCUCUGCCCAGAAGUCCAGUCAGAUCGGAAGCACUCAGCUGCUGAAGAGACACGUGCAGCGGACAGAGGCUGUGCUGACCCACAAACAAGCUCAAGCGCAGUUUGCUGCUUUUCUGACACAAAACAUGCUGGUGAGGAAAGCUCUUCCUCCCGGCACCUCCUCCUGUCUCUUUGUUCCCGUUUCAUCAGAACAAACGGAGGAAGCCGAGAAAGAGGAUCUCAGGGUCCAGCUGAAGCGGCACCAUCCCUCCAGUCCUCUUCCUGGCAGUAAGACCUCCAAGCGACCGAAGAUCAAGGUGUCCCUUAUCUCCCAAGGGGACACAGCUGGAGGGCCUUGUACUCCUUCCCAAGGAGGAGCUCCAGAAGCCGCAGGAGGGAAGCCCAUCACCAUGACACUGGGGCAAGCUUCCGCAGGGGCCAAGGAGCUCACAGGGCUUCUCACCACAACCAAGUCCAGUGCUGCUGAAGGGGGAGUCUCAGUGAGCCCAGCGUCCUCAGUGGUCUCUAGCAGCACUGCUCCCAGUGCCUUGCACACACUCCAGAGCCGCCUGGUGGCCACCUCUCCUGGCAGCUCCCUCCCAGGAGCCGCAUCAGCCAGCAGCCUCCUCCAAGGCCUCAGCUUCAGCUUGCAGGAUAUCAGCAGCAAGACCUCUGGCCUCCCAGCAAACCCCUCUCCCGGGCCAGCCCCACAGGCCACCAGUGUGAAGUUGCCCACCCCCAUGCAGAGCCUGGGUGCCAUCACCACGGGCACCAGCACCAUUGUCCGUACCAUUCCUGUGGCCACCACUCUCUCCUCCUUGGGUGCCACUCCUGGUGGGAAGCCCACAGCCAUCCACCAGCUGCUGACCAAUGGGGGCCUCGCCAAGUUGGCAAGCAGCCUCCCUGGCCUGGCUCAGAUCUCUAACCAAGCCUCAGGCUUGAAGGUCCCCACCACCAUCACUCUGACACUCCGUGGCCAGCCCAGCCGAAUCACCACCCUGAGCCCCAUGGGCUCAGGAGCAGCCCCAUCAGAAGAGCCCAGCUCCCAGACGCUGCCCUCCAGCUCACAGCGCCUGCCUCCAGCGCCCUGAAGAUGCCAUGCGAUAUGUCCUCCUUUACCAGGUUGGUGUCGGCUGCUGCACGGUGAGGCCUGGCACGUGUGCUGUCCUGCUGAGCUGUACACUUGUCUGAAGACCUCUUUAAGACAGUCGUUUUUGCCUCUCUGCCAACUGUCUUCAGGGUUGGGCCUCUGGGUCUUAUGUAACCAUUAGACAAGGUGAUAUGGCGCCAGCAAGGGGGGCCUCGUCCUUUAGCAUCUGCAGGUCUGGUUCCCAGAAUCUCCAGGUCCUCAGCAGAUCUGGCCGUGUAUGGAUUGGAGGCACUUCUUCUCCAGCAUUAGCUGUAACUUGACCCAAGUAGCAGUGUUGGACUGCUCACUGCAUUUUAAUAAAGAAGCUCCUCUUUGAAGUCUAUACUGCCCCGUGCCAAGUUGGGAGGAGACGUCCAUGUGGUCUGGGGCUGCACGAGUUGGGACUGAGAGCCCUGUGCUGAGGACCGGGAUCAUCCUGGCCCGCUGGCCAGUGGUUCGGUGCCAGAAGGGCUUGUUUUGUACAUCACUGUUGCCUUCACCAAGCAGCCAUGGGAGAGUGCUCCCCGUGCAGCUCCCUCCUUAGGAGCCACAUUGGAUACUGAGUACCUGCUGAGACCUAGGAACUCCUCAUUUCAAACCCACGAAAGGGCACAGAGAACUGGGCUGUCAUCUUUCAGUCCCUUUGACCACCUAUAGAUGUUGGGACCAGCAGUCGCCAGGAGGUGAAAGCUGGCUUCUUUCUUUUUUCUAUCAUGCUUUGGGCAGUUCUUGUAUCCAGAAAGCCUGCAGGUCCAGAAAGGCUGAAGAAGAGGAAGGGAACAGCAGAUGAAGUGGCUUGAAGGACAUGUCAGUGGUGAAAACGAUUUGGGCUUGAGGCUUUGCAUCUGGUACCUAAGGAGCCAUUGAUUCAACUGGAGAUGAGAAGAAUUUGCCAAGCCGGAGGGGAGAAACCUCAGCCCCUGAAAUUUCUGUCUCCAGUGCCUGGAAGUGAAACAGGGAUAACUGCUAAGUUAACAUCUUGGCUAUCCCAUGAAGCUCAGGCAUCAGGAUGACGAAGGCCAUGCUUCGGUGUUUCUGUUUCAGCUCUGUGAAACGUUUUGUCUUCUUGCUUAGAAGUGGGGAAAUUAUUGGUAUUGACUGCUGUGCAGGGCUCUUGGUACCAGCCUGAGCCCUGGAGGUGGAGGUCCCUGGAGAAGUGAUCACUGAAGAUGGAGCUCUGAGGCCCUCCUUACCUCCUCACAAUACUUGUGUGCAAAAGUAUUUUCGAUCUGGCUGACAACCUAUCCUCCAGAGCAGGCUCCUUUCCCUUCCAUACUCUAGAAUGUUUCCAGCCAAGGAGAUAAAUAAGGCAACCCAGGUAUGACUCUUCAGUAUCUGUACUGAAGGCAGGGAGGACCCACAGCAUGCCAUGGCUGGACUUGUGGUCCAGGGUCCUGACCUGUAGUGCAUCGUAUAUCCAAACCAGGCCACCUGCAUUCAAUCCAGGAGCCUCACCUCCAGUAUGAGUGGCAGCCAGGAGGGAGUACACAGUGUGCAGGAGUCUCAGACAAGGCCAUUUGGGGUGGUACAGGCAGGGCCAGGGGAGUGUAUAUGAUAGGAGUGGAGUGGGCAGAUUAUACACCAUACCCUUCCUCCCCGACCUCCUGCAGAGCUGGUCUCAGCAGUGAUUCACACAGAAUUAGGCUGCGUCCCUGUACUAGCUGGCAGGUAACUGCUUUCUGAAAUUCAGGAGGCAUUUAAUAAGUUUGAGGAAGAUACGAAAUCUGAAAGAGACAUCCAGUGUCAGGGGUUUAAUAACUUUACAGGUAGGAUAGUAACACACCAAUAGGAAUUGAAGACAGUGAAACUGUGAGACUAUGUGAAGUUUUAGGAAUCAUUCAGGACAGAGGUUCCUGAGCAACCCAUUCGUGACUUAGAGUGCAGUCUAGACAGCCCUGGAGGGGCUGCUCCUGGAAGAUGCUGGCCCUGUGUGUGCUGGGGCCAAAGGAGAAACUAAUGCAUCAUCCUGCAUUUGUGUAAAUCCUAGUAUGCUUCCCAUGGAUGAUUUCCUGAGGCUUGGGUCAUACACCUUAAAGAAUGCCAAAACGAGAAGGGAAGUUGUAAGAACAUUGAUUCUUCUGCACCCUGGAGGGACAGGCUAAAGGAGGAAGUGGUUGAAGUCUAUACAGUCAUGUUCCCCAAUUCCAUACUUCUCCAGCCGCACUUCUUGAAGUGUAAAAGGAAGCUUUCCUCUGCCGAUCAUGUAGCAAACCUGGAGUUCAUAACCUCAGAAGGUGAUACUACUGGCCGAAAGUGUAGAAGGAUCAAGAGGGCUUUAGUUGAUUUCUUGGAUGACAGAUGCAUGUUGAUGCCCUAUGGAAGAUGUCCUUGUUUUGAGAAGAGGUCACUGAUGGAGGAAGACCUGUCUGUCCUUGGCUCUACCACUAGAACAGUCUUGGGCUGGAUGGGUUAUCGAGCUGAGCUGCUGUGACGGUUCUGUUCUUCCAUUCGCCAAAACAAUAAAAAAUAAAAAUAAAAGCAAAUUUGGAUUGCUUCAGUGUGUUUUUAGUUGACUUCUUACGUUUAUUCUGGUAACCACCCAAUUGAGUGGCACAGAAAAUAAAAGCUAAGGUAUUGUGGUAAUUCCAGUGAUCAUCUUACUGUUGCCUGGAGCCAUGAGGUGGGUACUGUAAUUCCCUUUAAGGUAAUUCACUUGUAAGGUGAGGAAACUGAGGCACAGAGAAGUCACACAGCAGGAAGUGGCAGAAGCAGGACUGAACCCAGGCAGUCUGAUACCAGUGUCUGUUUGUCUACUCUGCACUGUGCUGGGGUUCUGAGAUGGGAGACCAGAAGUGGAGAUGAGCACAGGAGGUGAGGAGGUGGUGGCUUGGCCUUCAUGUGACCCCUUUCAGUUUACCUCCCACCAAGCCUAAAGUGAUUAUUGCUGCCCUGGUGGGCUCUUGGCUAUGCCUGAGUCAGUAGGUGGGGUCCCUCACCUUUGGUCUUGAGAGACUGAAAUCCCUAUACCUCUACGCCCUCCAAUAAAUAAAUAAUGACUUAGAG